UGGAAUCGUCCACAUUAGCUAACUUCGCCAAGUUGGAGUUAACGAAAGUUUUCUCAGUAGCACCGUAUUCGUCGAAAUAUUACUAUUUGCGGAAUGUUGUGUGAACUUCAUCGGUAAACAUUCAUAUUACAUAGAUAUUGAAGUAUUGGUCUCGUCAGAUAUAGUAUCUUCAUCGUGUGAAAUCAUUUAGAGGGUCUACAGUUCUACACAUGUGUUUCUAAUUUCAUCGUAACGUGGCUCUCACUGGUCUUCUGAAACAUAAAAGAACUGUCGGAAGAAUAGAUGUAGUUUUCAAGAUCUGAAACAGCUUUCCAGUACGCAAUGGGGUGUGGAAAUUCCACUCCAACGAACAGCAAGAAUAAUUCACUAGCAACUCUUGACAGCAACUCUAGACCCGGAAGCAAGACUGCUCCAAUCAACAAAAGCCUCGAGUCAGUGCUUAGAGACAAUGCGGAGCACAGAGCAAACAGUCGUACCUCUGGCAGGGACAGUGGCAUUGACAGUGCCAAGACAUCAGACGGUCGUAGGAGACAGGCUGCCAAUCAAGAAUCAACCUCACAAUCAAACAAUAACGAGACAAAGUCGUCCAGUGAGCCGCGUGUCUCGCCUACAAAGGCUUUGGCUUUUGAAGUGAUGGUAGACCAUGACAAGGAUCAAGGGGAAAGUAUUAUUGCCAGGCAUCCACCCAGGAGAUUACAGAAAUUGGAAAUGAAAAGGGAACCAACUCUUACUGCGGAUAUGAUUGAGGAAAAACUAAUGGAGUCUGAGGAGAGAAGGAGACAGGUCCUUGAAGAACGAGGUCAGAGUUCAAAGAGGUCAUCUAGGAGGCGGAAAGAGCUGAUACUUGCAAGGCAGUUUGGUAACAUUCAAGACAGUGCAGAGCAUAGAGAGAAGCUUGAAGAAAAGAUUGACUCUGCCAGCAAGAACCGUUCCAAGGCUCAGGCUGAUGUCGUUGCCAAGCAGAAGAAGAGAGAACUGAGAGCCAAGCAGGCCAAGGAGAGGGCUAGGAGGAUGAGGGAGGAGGAGAACGAGGAGAAUCACUUUGAUGUGGAAAAAGACGAGACUUUCAAUGCAGAAGAUGAUGUGGACUCUUGGUUGGAUGGUGAUAACAAUGCUGGCCUUGGAUCUGCAUCCACCACAUCAGAGAGGAUCUAUAAUGGUAGGAGUAGUCCUACCAAGAAGGUACAUAGCAAUGGACCAAGGGUCGACAAGAGCCUUGACUAUGCUUCAGACUCUGAUGACAAUCAAGGAUGGACAGGCAAUGCGUAUGGCGCAGGUCAGGCAGCAGGGAAAGAUGACUUCUUUGACACGUAGGAAACAUGUGGAGGGUUAUGUUUGACUUCAAGCCCUGUGAA